CGUCCCUGUCAUUUUCAACUUUACAUUUGUCUUUUAUGUCACAGGCAGGAUCAGUGUCAGCAUGAUGCCGCCAUCAGAGACCGUCUUGCCCUCAGUUUUGUGGUUGCGUGGAAACUAAAAAAAGGCAGCAGUGAGCGCGCCCUGCCUGAACUGUGGGAGCAUUUCCAGUGGCGCUUCGUGGUUGCCAGAGCGGCUCUCAGCACAAGUUUAACGAGCAGCAAAAACAAAGACCUGAUGGACGCUGACCAGAACAUUCACCAAGCCUGCUUGUGUGGAUCUCUCUGAUCUGAUCUACUGGGCGGUUUCAUUGUGAAGCACAUGCUGGGAAACGCACGAUGAAAAGGAGAGGGAAAGCAGCAAAAACGCUCAACAGCUACUGGGGAGGUUGAUGUGGACAUCAUCCCUUGUGCCCAGGUGGUCUGUCCUGGAGCAUGCCAAUAUCCCACCAUGCCCCUACUCUCAGACUGGCUCCUGCGCCACUCGGUGGUCAUGUGUUUGCUGCUGCACAGCCUGGUGCUGAUGACCUUUUGCUUCCACCACGCUGCCACCAGUUGUUCCAAGAGCUGCUACUGCUCUGAAAGCGACAGUGGCGGCAAGACUGUGCGCUGCAGCAACCUGCAGCUCACAGAGAUCCCCAUGGAUAUCCCCAAUGACACACAACGUAUCUACCUGGACUUCAACCUGUUCACUACAGUCCCAACCAAUGCUUUUGCAGGGUUGCACCAGCUUGUUGAACUGGAUCUAUCACACAAUGAGUUAAGCCAGUUACAGCCAGGAGCAUUCAGAGGCCUGGCCUCACUGCAGUUCCUGGACCUUUCUUCUAACAAGCUGGUUUACUUUAACCCAGAUGCUUUUGAAGGCCUGCGGGCUCGCGCCAACCUGACAAACAAUCCGUGGCAUUGUGACUGCAACUUGCAGAUGGCGAUGCCUCGUGUGGACUUGGAGCCUGCGUCCUUAACGGGCAUUGUGUGCCAGACUUCAGAUCCUGAAGAGAUAGGAGUACAAGGACUUGCCUUUCUGCUGGCACCAGACAUAGACCUCUGUGUGGUGAUGAAGAGGACUACAGACGUGGCCAUGCUGGUCAUCAUGUUCGGCUGGUUCUCCAUGGUCAUCUCCUAUCUUGUCUACUAUGUCAGGGCUAAUCAGGAGGACGCUCGCAGACAUCUUGAGUAUCUUAAGUCAUUGCCCAGCAGACAGGGCAAGUCUGAGGAAUCCUCCACCAUUAGUACUGUGGUAUAGGGCUGAUGGAGCUACACACUGAUCUUACCAGCAGUACCCCAAACCAAACAGAACGGAUCUACAACCUGCAACUACACAAGUUGUUAUAAGUCUCAGAUACUUUACAGUACAAGCUGUUGUCAUGGAAUCAAGGUGGGCAACAAGACAUGAGCUGCACAAGAAACCAGGCUAAUGCAACCUAGCCCAGAUAAAUAAUUCAUCAUACAGUGGCCCAUAACGAGUUUUGUAGGUUGAGAUGCGCACAGAGGUAGUUAAAGCAGCAAUGUUUUUUUGGUGAACUCCAAAUAUGGGAUACAAAUGGGAUUUAUCCAGUCAUGCAUGCACCUUGUUGCACCUUGCACAAACAGAGACAAGUAAGGAUGCAACAUCAGACAGUUAUAGCAACUGGGAAAAACCCAGUAAGAAUGACGAAACUCACCUUUCAACUGUUUUCCAUUAGAUACCAAUAUAUUAAAUUAAGUUUCCCAAGGAAGUUGUUCUUUUUGGGUGUUUCUCUUGUCUUAACUUAGACAAUCACUCAAGAAAGUAUUUAGAAUCUGAAUCACUCUUUAGCGAUCGCAUAUUCAACUCACUGUUGCUGAUGAAUCAGUUUGCUGUGUGAUGAAGGACACAUCAGUUUUUUUGUGAUGUUUGAUAGAAGCUACUGUACAAGAGAGCCAUACUGAUGAGAUCGGCCGUCCUCCAAGCUGCCCGUUUUUGUUAAGAGUGUUUGACAGGAAACUUAUGCUAGCCCCAAUACACGGUAGAAUCUCUAAAUGACCUAUAGAGCACACAGUACCCUACACGCCACAUAUUUUGUUCUUAAUUUGAUAUUUUCUUGACAUAUUUGUCCAUUAAAUCAAUUUAAAGUUACAGUAUAUAAGAAAAUGCAUGGACGUGGGAUAUUGUGAGAGGAAACAAACCAAACUUACUGUCAACCCAGGGUGAUAGAAGUUUUAAAGGAAUCCUGUUUGUGAACUAAUCGAAGCAAACGUAACUAAGACGUGUCUCCCAGGUACAAAAACACUGAAUUACUCUUUAGUUUGAUAUACAAAUAUGUUAGCAUGAAUUGUUAGCCUCAAGCCAGUAACCCUGCCCUGUAUGCAACAUUGUCUGUCAAAAGGUUGAAUUGAAAUGCAUGAAAUCAAAAAUAAGGGAGAGGGAGAAAGACUUACAAAACAGGGAAACUUAUAGUCCUGUAUGGGUUUUCCAAAUAUUAUUUAUGGGGCCAUGACGUACUGAUGUAUUUCAGAGCUUUAAGGGAUGGGGGAUCUCCUAUUUUACGAGACCAUCGCAAAGAGGAAGAAGCACUUGUGUGUCUUCUGAUGGAAUUGUCAAUACAAAACCGAGACCACAGGAAAGGAAAUGUAUCCUAGCGCUAGACAUAAUUUAAUCCAAAUCCGACUGUGCUCUGAGAUCUGCUCUCGUCUUUUCUACAGAGCAAAGUGAGAAAAGCCCAAUGCACCUUUGAGUAAUCUAAAUUGAUUUUUUAAAACAUGAGAAAUGGUUUGUCAACAAGGAUUUCCCUGUGUCAGACACACAAAUGCCUCCGGAGCAGAGAAAUACCACUAAAAGAUUUAUGUUGACCAUAAAAAACACUUGAGAAGAGAGUCUUGGAAUGCACCCAUCAUCUUAUGUGACCCAGUUCUUGAGGAGAAAUUAAAGGGGAAUGCCACAGGGGAUCAGCUGCCCCCUCCACUCCCUGGCCUAACCUCGCUCGGGUAAAAGCUAUUUCCAAAUGCCUUUCAGCAGCUGGGUCAUGUUCAAGAGCGAUCAUAGUGGCAGCUAAAGUCAGUUCAACCUUUCCCAAAGGAAGCACUCAGCCUUUAAAGGGAUAGUUUGACAACUUGAUAAAUGCACUCAAUUGAGAAUCAGCUGAGUUGAUACAACUGUAACACUAAAUAUCAUCAAUUUAGCAUAGCAAUGAAACCAAUAGAAAACAGCUAGCAAGAGUUAUGUAGGUAACAUAAUCCACUUACCAUGUCCCCUGAAGCUUUCUGUUAAACAUUUAAUGUUUGUUCAAAUACAAAGAAAAUAAACCAC